AUGCACGUGGAUGCAGAAAUCAGCUUCCGCAGUCCCUUGACCAGAAAUGCAACCGUGCGGUGGGAGAGAGUGAGUUGCAAAACUUCAAUUGCACAUGAUGGUAGCACCGUUGACUUCAACCUUGGUUUUGACCAAGUGGACUGGGAUUUCGCCCAGAAGAUCUAUGGUUGGUCGGCAUUCCAGUAUCAAGCAUGGCUGAAAGGAGGGAUUGUGAACCACGGCACCACCACCCAAACAAUUACACUUUUCACCGACAAUAUCAUGGAGCUUUGGGUCGGCGACCUUCAUGUUUUCGGCGGAGAUUUCUUCGGCUUUGGUCGAGCUCCUCUUGUAGUGGACCUUCAACCUGGAUGGACCAAUCUCACUGUUCGUCUUGUCCGAGAAGUCCGUUCGAUGGGAGGCGUAGGCCCUCCAACUGUGGAGUCAAGCUUGCGUGCUCAACCCGCUGUACCUGUUCUUCACGUCCUCGCAGAUGAUAUUGUCUUACCUGACUUGGUUGACGGACGGCUCUGCAGCAAUUUCGGUAGUGUCACAGUCAGGAAUCAAGCCGGCGCAUGGCUAACUGUCCGCCAAUUGACCGCAAUCUCGAAAGAAGAGAUCGUCGGAGUCAUGGAUGAGGAGACAACACUUGCUCCGGGCCAGUCAAGGCCACUGAGAAUGACGUUUGAUGUUGCUCGGAAGCUUGACAACUUCCUGUUCUUUACUAUGAAGUACUCGCAGGACGACUCAGAAUUGCACCAACUCACAUUCACUGUUGGGUUGACGCAUACGAACGCAUCCUCCUUGCAGAAGAUCACAUUCCUUCAUCCCAGUGGCGUGGUCUCGUAUGCGACGCUAAAGCCGCCCUCCGUGUCCUAUGCAUCAAGUCAUGAGGUGGCAGUCCUCUUGAAUCUCCACGGAGCAGGCGUUGAAGCGGGUGGUCCUCUGGCUCGCCACAUGUUCGACGGUGCUCCUCAUCUUCCGGCUUGGAUCCUUAGCCCGACCGGGAUGAGCCCGUGGAGCAGUGAUGAUUGGCAUACCUGGGGGUUCACUGACGCUCAAGCUGCAGUGUCAGCCAUUCCGGAUUGGAUCAAAAGCAAUCAUUGGAGAGGACCAGGCGUCCACACAGAGAGAGUUCUGGUUGCUGGGCAUUCUAAUGGCGGCCAGGGGGCGUGGUUUUAUGCUUCUCAUCAGCCUGAUCGAGUUCUUGGCAUCGCUGCUGCGUCGGGAUAUACUUCGAUCGAGAACUAUGUCCCGUAUGUGAUAUGGACCGAAGCAGACCCUCUUCAGACCGGCAUUCUUCACAGCUCGAGGGCAAGCUUUCGUCAUGAACUCUUUGCUGAGAAUCUGGACGGCAUUCCCAUAUUUCAGCAGCACGGGUCAGCAGAUGACAAUGUGCCACCCUAUCACUCUCGCCUCAUGAACACUCUGCUUGCCCAGACAGGACACUUGGCACCUUACUCGGAGAUGUUGGGUAAGGGACAUUGGUUCACUGGAAUCAUGACGACGGCACCCAUGAUGGACUUCUACCAGCACCAACUGAACUUUUCUCAAUGCCAUAAAACUGCGCCAAGCCGCUUCAUUUUGGUUGUCCCCAAUUCGGAUGAUAUGGGCUCCAAGUACGGUAUUUUUGUCGACCAACUGUCGACGCCGGAGCGGUUGGGGAAGAUAACGGUCUCGGUGACCGUGAACCCAACGAGCACAUAUUGGCAUCUGCGUACAGAAAACAUCCAUCGCUUCCAUCUGGAUUCAAAUGUGCAGCUUAGCGAUCCUCCGAACGAGAUCAUGAUCGAUGACCUGCCCCAUUCGUUCGAGGUAGGGUCGAACAAGGCAUCAUUCGUAAGAGAUGAAGCCGAUGUUUGGUCUCUGGAGGUCGCUCUCGACUGGAAAACUCUGGAUAAGAGAUACGGGCGCCAACGGGGCCCUCUGGAUGCCAUCCUGCGGAGUGUUGGUCCUUUUGAGGUGAUUUUCGACUCGAAUGACACCCUACCCGUGGCGGUACAGGCCAGUCGGAAUUUCCUGCAGUACUUUGGUGCUGACACGAACAUUGUUGCCCUCGCAGAGUACGAAGAAGUGUUGAAGAGAGAAGGCAAUAUCAUCACAAUCUGCCUAGGGGCUUCUGUACCCGGAGCCCGUAUCUCCCACUUCCCUAUCCAGAUCUCCAGCGGAUUCAUAACACUCAGUACCAGAGAUCGCAGGGUCAUACACGUCCCCUUAGCAGCAGGCAUGGGAGGAGUCUGGCUUCGGCCUCUUCCCGACGAGAAGCUGGAGCUGGUAGUCUGGGGCUAUGACGAUAUUGGGUUGCGACAGGCUGCCAGGCUGAUACCAACAAUUUCCGGGGCGGGAGUGCCUGACUUCGUGAUACUGAGCGACCAGGCAAGGUGGAAGGGCGCUGGAGGUGCCUUAGCGAUGGGCUUCUUCGACCACAACUGGAACAUAUCUCCUGCCUCAUAUCUCCCGUAG